AUAUCGAAGCUAAAUUUAAAGUAGAGGUGAUAAGGAUUUAAAACUGUAGUUGUUUAUUUGUUCGUUUGCUAACCUAAUAUAACAGAUAAAAGAAGUUAAUUUACUACACACAAUUUUUUACUGUUUUAAAACAGUUGUGGCUAAAAUACAUUGAUAGGAAUCAAAAGAUUCACAAGCGGUUUAAUGAAUGAAUGAAAAUAGUUUGCCCAUUCAGAAAAGAGCUUAGCAAAGGUUUAGAUAAAAACUAUACGCUUGAAAGGUUUGUAGUUUCGGCAAGGUAAAAUAACUACAUUGAUUGAUAGCUACGUUCGGCAAAGCCCGCCUUCUAGUAAGCUCGCGGAUUGUCGCAAUGAACAUAGCUUUAUACGAUAUGGAAAGCUAUUCGUUAAGACCAGGGCAGUAGCAGACUAACCACGUACAUAUAAACAUACACACAGUUUCAUUAAGGAAUUAUUCUGUCUUCGAUGCCAUGUGGUAAAAGCGAAACGAUAUUUGUGCAACAAUAAGAAGGAAGCAUUUGAUGAAUAAAGUUCGAAAUUAUAAAAUAAUUUCGAUUUGCGAAUUUAUUGAAUUAAGAAUGUGAAGCAAAGUUGAUGCUAUAACAUAAUAUCUGGAGUGGAAUUACAAUUUUGAAAACAGAUAAAAGUGGUUUAUACUUAUAAGAAUUUAUUUGCGAUUUUUUUCCAACGAGUGCAGAUUGAGAAUGUACCAUAAGCAUAAUACCUAAUUGGAUAUCAGAUGGUGAAAUAUGCGGCUAUACUGGACGGUACCAAUUCUGGUCGCCAUGCACAUGCGACUCACGUUCACGGCGGUUGCAAAUCUACCGGAAGCGUCAGGGGAAACGCAUGUACGUGAAAAUGGACGGCAGCGUAAACAAAACCCCCAUAGAAAAGACUCGUCAAACACUUACACAACUGAAUGGCCAGACGAUGUUCAACUUGGCUGCAAAGAGCUCCGAGCAAAGCGCUACAUUUCGGACGGGUUCUGCACUUCGCUAAAAGCCAUCAAGGAGGUAGUUUGCGCGGGACAAUGUAUGCCGAUAAAGGAGCAGAACCUCCCAUGGUGGGCGGAGUUCACAAAAUAUUGGGCGAAGCCAAAGUUUAAGGAAUGGAGGUGUGUGGAAGCAGUUACAAAACUUAAAAAAGUGCAAUUAAUUUGUGAAAAUGGCGAGACAAGAACAUAUAAGAUUAAAAUCGUUAAAUCGUGUAGGUGUAAGAGUUACGAACGAGAGCCUAACAGAACUGAUCUGAGAAAAGGCAGCUCAGGUCGUGGCAGUAGAGAGAGUGGAGAUUCAGAAAAGAAAACUGACAAAUUACAAAAAAAACGUGAAAGGGACCAAAAGAAACAACAAAGAAGAAAACUCUUUAGGAAAUGCCGGAACCUUCCAAAGGAGGAAAGGCGUAAAUGUAGAAAGCAGGUGCAAAAAGAAUUGUCUAGUAGUACAAGUGAUAAAAGUAAUAAGCAUUCCUUAGACGUGCAAAGUAAUGGUGAGCUAGAUUUAGGUUCUACUCGAAGGCACAAUGUAACAUUGACUUUUAAUGAGUCGCCAGACGUAUAGCAUUUUUGGGAGGUUUUCUUAUGAAAUGUUGUAUUUGUUUCAUGGAAUUGUGAACAAAAAACACGAUGGAGCAUUUCUGUUUGACAGAAUAUGUAAUGUAGAGCGUGUUUUGUUCUGUAUGGCGAUAUAAGCCCAUUGCUGGUGAGAAAGUGGAGAGGGAUUACCCUGGUUUUGCUGAUGGUUUGGUAAUAUAUGGACAAUAUAAACACUCACAUGAAGUUCAAUUGGAUAUAAAUCGCAUUCCAACCGGUAUUACUCUCCUGUUCAGGAAUACGUUUGCAUAAACUACAAUUGUAUUUGCAAAUUUACAUCUAUCGCCGCAUGGAUAAAGCGUUAUGGUUGUGUAUACGACACAAAUAUGGACAUUUCGAAUGGGCAGGUGUUCCUGUUUAAGCUCAGAUACAUUCUUGUAGAUUUCAAACAAGUACGUCAUGGGACGAUUUUCAAUAGAACCACACCACAGAAGCGCUGACCUGUGCUAUUUAUUAUUCAUUUGUUAGUGUUUUUGUACAGAAACCCUUUGUUGUGUUGCUAGUAUUGUUAUUAUUAUUAUGUGGUUAUUUUAUUAAAUAGAAAAUGUUGCAUUUUAGCAAUACUUGCAACUUCUAAGCCUUUUGCCAUCGUCAGUAUAUAUGUACAUCAUUACAAGUUUGCUAUAAAGUAUUUCGUUUUAUACCAGUUCAUACAGCAUUAGUAGUUUUUAUGUUUAAAUACAAUUGAUGUAAAGACAAUUCAUUUUGUUAUAGGUAUAAGAGAUUACAAACCAAACCAUACAAAAACCAUAAAUCUACAAAUAACAGUACAUAUCUUGUUUUGUACAUUUAAGUAUAGUUUUAUAUUGUUAGAAUGGAGGGAAAGUGGGAUUUAAUUAGCGCAUCGCAAUCGAAAACAAAGAUUAACAUUAGUAAAUCGAUCAAAUUUAACAUCAAAAUGAACGCAUGAAACACAUUCGACAUUAACUCGUAAAAUCUUAUUUUAAUUUGUAAAAAAAUAGGAUUUCUUGACGCAAUCGUUGAUACCAUUACCUUCCUCUGACAUGCAUUAUUUUUCAAAGCAUUUUUAUUAUACAGUCAAAACUCGGUAUGUCGAAGUCGUUGGGUCCUUGAGGAAUAAUUCGAGAUAACGAAUAUUCGAUAUAACCGGUAAAAAAGGUUUAUAACUUAAAUCAUACAUUCGAUAAAAAAAAUCAUAAUAACCAGAACAUCGAGAUAAAAGAGUUCUACAUAAGGAGUUUUGACUGUACAUAUUUCAUAUUGUCAUACCAUAUUAAAAUGUACGUGUUGUUACAGUAUAUAUAUAAAACUAACAUUUCAUAUCAUUUUGUGCCAGUAAGAUAAACCAUGUGAUGCGUUGUCAGUCAUCGUGUAAGUGUUGUAUAUAUAUAAUUGUGAAUUUAAUUAAUUUCUUAGUCAAAGGAAACCUUUAUAAUACAACAACAAGAACGAUUUCCUUUUAUAGGUAAAUCCAGGUUUUGAACGCACUUUAGCCGGCAAAGCAGAUUAUUUUCGGUGAAUAUAUCUAUGUAUGCUGUAAAUGUGUAAAAAGAUUUCAUGAAGCGUUUCACAUGCAGUUUAAACAUCAUCAAUUAUAUUUAUGUAGCCAAUAUGGGGUGUGAAUGGUAAUGACGUCAUGAUCAUAUUUCUUUUACGCCGCAUUUGUUUACAAAUAUCUGUGUUUUUCUUCAAAAUUUUGCCGCAAUUCCAACAUUUAUGAACGUCUACAACAAUAACAGCAACAACUACUACUACAAAUACAUUCGGAACUCCUCUGCCAUUUUUCUCGAAAACAACCUCGGAUGUAUGCCGGUACAUCAGUAGAAGUAGUUCGUUUUUUUUCUUUGGAUUUUAUCAUUAAUUAAAUGUAGUGUUUUAGCUUGUAUUUAUUGAUCUAAGUUUAAAUUGAUUGCCAGCGAAGUCUAUUAUUGCAGACAUAAUUAAGAUUCCCAAGAGUUAAGUUAUUAACUUUAACUGCUAAAUUGAAUUACUACGCGAUCUACUUGCAGCGGAUUUAAACAAACCGAUUUCUGAGUAUGUAAACCGUCCAUAUACAUCCGAGGUUGUUUCCGAGAUUAAUGGCCGAGGAGCUCCGAAUGCUACACGUAUAUUUGAUUCUCCGACCAGGUCGAGAUAUUAAGACAAAACGUUGUCAUUGGCAUCGUGUAAAGACGCCAAUAAAACAUGUUUGCUUCUUCUCCUCGUGGUCGUCAUAAUCAUAGCAAUGCUGGCUAAUGUCAUUACUAUUGGUGACGUCGUCUGCCAAAAUGAGUCAUGUUUAGGUAUUCUCGUAAACAACAAAAAUGGAAAGUUUACCAACGAACUAUAAUUACAAAACAACGUUAUAACAAUGUGUAAAAUUGAAAUAAAGAUUUUUUUCGAAAACAAGAAAUAUAAAUAUUCAGGCACGAAACCUCGCAAAAUGCGUCCCCAUGACUCAUUCUCGCUAUGAUGUCACAUUUCAAUUACGUCUUUUUGCCAAUCAUUCAUAAACAGUCUACAUUUUAACCAUUGCAUUCUUUUUGUAUUCUGUUCGGUUUUGUUUAUGUUUGCUCAUGUGACAAUAUCAGGGCCACAAACCUAUGUUAUAUGUAUUUUAUUUGUAAAUAUUCAUGAUGCAAAAAUUAAAGUUCUCGAAAUACG